UGUGAUCCCAAUCCAUGCUUUAAUAGUGGAACAUGCAAUAGACAGAAAGAAGAUUACUCAUGUAAUUGCCAUACAAAUUUCACUGGUAAAAAUUGUGAGAAAGAUUUCGAUCCAUGUAGUCGCCUGCCUUGCCUAAAUGGAACAUGCUUAAAGAAUAAUGAUAGCUAUCAAUGCUUAUGUCCUCGUGGAUAUACAGGGCGGAAUUGUGAACAAAAUUUCGAUUCAUGUAGUCGCCAGCCUUGCAUAAAUGGAAUAUGCCUAAGGAACAAUGAUAGCUAUCAAUGCUUAUGCAAUCGUGGAUACACAGGGCGGAAUUGUGAACGAGACUUUUGCGAUCCAAACCCUUGCUUCAAUGGCACUUGCCUCUCUCAAUCUGACGGAUUUUAUUGCAGCUGCAAUUCUGGAUUUACUGGAAAAUUAUGCCAGCAUGACGUAAAUCAAUGUCUUUCCAAUCCUUGCAAAUACGGCCGAUGUAUCGAUCUUGAUAGCGGCUACCGAUGUAUAUGCCAGCAAGGCUUUACUGGAUACGAUUGCCAACAUGAUAUUAAUGAAUGCCAAAAUGAAACAAAUCUGUGUAAAGAAGUUUGUGUCAAUACUCUUGGUAGCUAUAAGUGCGCUUGUAAACUAGGCAACAUCCUUCUCAAUGAUAAUAUAUCCUACUUUUGUGAUCCAAAUCCUUGCAUUUAUGGAGCUUGUCUUUCUCAAAAUGAUGGAUAUUACUGCCGAUGCAAUGCUGGCUUUACUGGAAAAUUAUGCAAUCAGGACGCUAAUGAAUGCCUCUCGAAUCCUUGCAUACAUGGCAAAUGUAAAAAUCUUCGUGCCGGCUAUCAAUGUAACUGCAGUCAAGGUUUUACUGGAAUAAACUGUGAAAAUGAUAUAAAUGAAUGUCAGCAAAUGAAUGGUGGCUGCGCGCAUGAUUGUAUCAAUACCGUUGGUAGUUAUUACUGUCAAUGCCGGUAUGACUAUAUUGGUCGAAAUGAUAGUAGUCAAAUUAAUGAAUGCUCUUCUAAUCCUUGCCUUACUGGAGACUGUAUCGACAACAUUAAUCAUUACACUUGCCAAUGCUCACCC